AUGCGCCCACGGCCUUUUCAACAUGUGCGCCCACGGCCUUUUCAACAUGUGCGCCCACAAGAAAACGCUGAUGGUAAUGCUGAUGAUGAAGAAGCAGGUCUUCGGGAAGUGAGAGUGGAGAUUCAUACAGAAAUACUUGAGUUCAAGUACAAACGUAUGCAAUUUAUUUGGGAAUCUCAUUUAGACUCCUCGGUAAGCCGUUUGAGUAUUGAGGACCAACAAAAAUUCUUCUUUAGCACCGAGCAUUUCCAUACUGUGGUGUUUGAUGGCAUGAAAUGGCUUGUAAAUGUGCACAGAUUGACAAUGUUGGAAGCCUCGGAUAUGGCAGAAGGAAAGCCAGCAACUAGCUCGCGGCCGCAAGAUUUGAAAAGUGAGUAUCUCUCAGUUCAGGAAAGCAUCAACAGAUUCUUGGCUGAGGAUUGGGGCGAUACUCCGUGGGGAAAAAGCUGCAACGACGUAAGGGACAAGAUUCUCGCAGAGUUCAACGAAAAUACUCAACUGCUUGUGCGCUACCUCGAGCUUUUACCACUCAUAUGGGAAAUGGCUGAUAAGGCACGAGUUUUGACUAUGGGGCUCAAUGGCCAAAAGACAGGAGCCUUGAGCGCGUUCUUGGGCUUUGUGAUGGCUUUGGGUUAUGCAUUACUCCUGGACGAAACAGAAUCAAUAGCGCAAAUCGAUGAUUCAAGGGAAAUCAUAUUAGAGUUGCGCGUCUUUGUUCCAUGGAAGGAUUGGAACCUUAAACUGAAGAUUCUCGUGUGCUUUGCCUCAGCUUGCGCAUUGAUAUUCCUCAUCUGGUUCAUUUUCCUCCUUGUCAGACCUGACUCAUGCCGGUGGCUCAGGAACUGCUUCGAUCGCGAGAAACGGAGAGCUUUGAAGAGGUACAGAGAGCUAGAAAAGUCUAUCGGGGAUGCUUGGCCAUCAGACCUCUGUAAAGAAACUUUUGACCGGAAGACCAUCGUCAAUGUUAAUCCGGACAUGUAUCAACAUUGGUCCGAUGAAAGAAAGGCCUUCGAAAGGGAAGCUGUAAACAAGCGGGUCACCCGCUGCAUAGUCAAGAUACCCGUCGAACGUAUUAUUAGGGAUCCUCCGGUUGUUGCUAUAGGCCGGAGGUUACAACAAGAGGAACGACGGGCAGCUUAA